CGAGUUUUCAAUUUGAAACUGUAACGAGUGUAACGACUCUGUGUAUUUUUUCACGCUGCCAGACUGCUCUCAGUCUUCUCUCUCUGCUAAAAUGAAGUCUGUUCGUUCCAAAACACCGGCACGUAAGCCGUUUAUUCGACCAAAAGGAUCAAAUAUGACAUCCAAAGAUCCCGUACAAGUUUACUGUCGUUUACGACCGAUGCAGUUUUCAAAGGACGUAUCGUGUAUUCAAGUUACAAGUGAUACCACGUUGGUGAUCACACCACCUGGAUCAGCAAUUAAUUUUCGCUCAAAUAACAAAGAGAUAGAAACGACAUUCACUCGUGUGUUCAAGCCUGACGUGACACAGCAGGAAGUAUUUAAAGUGGUUGCUCUUCCUCUCGUUGAAAAUCUUGUACAAGGAAAAAAUAGCCUGCUUUUUACAUAUGGUGUAACAGGAAGUGGAAAAACAUACACAAUGACCGGAGAUCCAAAGGAGGCAGGAGUUAUGCCUCGGUGUCUGGAUGUUAUUUUUAAUACUAUCGGAAAUUAUCAAACAAAGAAAUUUGUUUUUAAGCCAGAUAGACUAAAUGGUUUUGAUGUGCAAAGUGAGGUUGAUGCUUUGGGUGACAGAGAACAAGCUAUGCGUAUAAAAGAGCAUGACCUUAAUACAGAUUUGCAAAGAAUGGGAAGACCAAAACACUUCAAAAUGGACAGCGAUGGAGACAGUAAUCCAAUAGUGACUCAUGAAUGUAAUGAAUCACAAACUGUACCACUUGAUUCCGAUAAUGGAUAUGCUGUAUUUGUAACAUAUGUUCAGAUUUACAAUAAUUGUGUAUAUGAUCUGCUAGAUAAGGACGAUAUUAGAACGAAAACGCCGCAAAGUAAGCUGGUUAGAGAAGAUGGCAAUAAGAAUAUGUAUGUACACGCUGUCACAGAAAUAGAAGUAAAAAGCGCAGAGGAAGCUUUUAUGCUGUUUCAGCAGGGGCAACGAAAAAGACGCAUCGGGGAAACUGCGUUAAAUGCAGAAUCUAGUAGAUCGCACGCUGUCUUCACUAUUCGCCUUGUACAGGCACCUUUGGAUUGUGAAGGCGAUUACGUAAUACAAGAUAAACGAUUCAUAUGUGUAAGUCAAUUAUCUUUGGUGGAUUUAGCGGGUAGCGAGCGAACAAAUCGUACUAAAACAACAGGACAACGUUUGCGUGAAGCGGGAAACAUUAAUAACUCUUUGAUGACACUUAGAUCGUGUUUGGAAAUUUUAAGAGAAAAUCAGUCUCAAAAUGCCAACAAGAUGGUGCCGUAUCGAGAUUCAAAACUCACUCAUUUGUUUAAAAAUUAUUUUGAAGGCGAAGGACAAGUCCGAAUGAUAGUGUGCGUAAAUCCAAGAGCAGAUGACUACGACGAGACAAUCCAAGUUAUGAAAUUUGCGGAAAUGAGUCAAGAAGUCCAAACUAUGAGAUCUAAUCCCAUAAAAUUAGAUCUUGGUUUAACUCCUGGAAGAAGACAAGCAAAUAAGCAAUUCAAAGAAGCAAGAAAGAAAUUUGAACAGGAGGUGCGACCAGAAGCCGCUGAUUUAGAAAUCGAUUAUGGUCUGAUAUACAGUUUGGAUGAACCAUUUCCUCAAAUUGAACCCUAUACUGCGAGCAAUGAUCAAAUAACGUAUUCCAUGAUACGAUUUUUGGAACAACGAAUCAACAAACGCAAUAUACUUCGAAUGGAGUUAAAGAAAAAACAAGAGGCUUUUCGAGACAUUUUAAUGACAAUAGAACAAGAAAACAGGAAUUUAAAAAAUGAAAACGAAAUAUUAAAAGCUAACAGUGUGCGGUUAGAAAAAAGGAUAAGUGCGUUAGAAGGGCAUAUUUGUAAAACAGAAACACAGAACAAUAAUCUUCUACGUCAGUUGAGUGAUGCCAAGGAAACUAUACGAAACUUACGACAAGACAUAAGAAGUCGUGAAUCUGCGUUGAAUCAACGUGAGAUAGACAUGCAAAAAGUAAAACAGAAAUGUAAUGCAAAGAUACAAGCUAAGACAACUAAGAUAAGAAGAGAGUUAGAUUUGAAUCAACGACAGUUGUGUGAACAGCUUCAAAAUCAGAUCAAAGACAAGGAGAACAGAUUGCAAUUGGUAAAACAAAUCAUUGACAACAACGGUAUUCCAGAAGUAAUUCCAACGAAAAAGCAAGAUUCUCAACCGACAACAAGAGUAGCUAGUCCGGAGAGCGAUACUAGAAUAUCACGAAAGGAUAGAAUACCUGUUUCGAAUCCGAGGUACAGACGAUCGCAAAGUGCAGACAGAUGGAUUGAUCACAGACCUCAGGCUCUUGUUCCGAUUGGGACUGUGUUACAACCGUUGAUGAACAGAAGACGAAGCGUGACACGACUGACUUCUCCAAAAGAAAUCACGGAUGGUGCAUCUAGAUAUUGCCUUGUCUCGCAAGAACAUGACACAGACGGAGAACUUGAAACAAAAUUAUAUAAGGGUGACAUUCUGCCAACAAGUGGUGGUGGGGCACAAGUAGUAUUUAACGAUAUGGAAUGUUUAAAACAAUCAUCGCCCAAGGCAAGGAAACGCACCGGAGAAGAGAGAAGUGAAGAUCAGGUAGAUGCAGCCACAUCAACGGAAAACAAAAGACCACGAGUAAUGUCGUCGUAAUCAAAUAUUUAUUUCUUAGAUAACAGCAUAGGUACUUGACAUUACAUUUCUUUUAUAAUGCUAUUGUAAUUUGUGUAAAAAGUUGCAUAAGAUAUGAUACAUUUUAUACUAUAUUCUUAUCUGUGAUAUUUUCUUGAGAUCUACUUUCUCACGCAUCAUUUUUUAUCAUAAUAAGAUUUAUCGUUUUUAUCAAGUUUGAGACAAAACAAGUUUCUAUAUGCGCGUAACGAAGUUUCGUGUACAUAACAUAUUUUCACGUAUUCGUGCAUUCAACGAGUAAUGUACAGAAAAAAAAGGAAUAGGAGUGAUUCGUGGGAGUGAUCUCUUCCCUGAUUGGAUUGUACACAAAGGUCACAGCAAGAGAUCACUUUCACGAACUUCGCAACUCUUUUUUUUAUGCAUUUUAUUAUUCGUAUAGUAUGUAUGUACACACUAUACAGUAGCGCAAAAAUACGUAGAUUUUUUUUUCACUUCUUCACUUUCUCUGUUUUUUCACUUUCACUUUCACUUUCACUCGGCUUUGAAACAAUUCCUUAGAUGACAAAAUUCGAACUUAGGACUGUCUGAUUUGCACUCUCACACCCACGAGGCUGCUAGAUAAUAUAAAUCAGCGGUCGAUACUUUUAAUAUUUUAAUUUUACCUAAUAUAUCAUAUAUAUAUCACUUAUAUAAUUUCAAAUAUAUAAUGUGAUAUACCAUCUGAUAUAACAUGAUGUAAUAUGUGAUUGUUGUGUUGCAUAAGAUUGAAGUAUUGAAAGUAUACUAUACAUAUAUAAUGUAUAGUGAUUGUUUCGAACUUUUAGACUAGGCUAUUUUUCUUGCUUUUCCAACACAACAGUAUAUUUAUUUUCAAUAUAUUUACUUGAUAAUAUUUGCUUCUUAACUGUGUUCUGUGUCUCUCUCUCUCUCUCUCUCUGUUUUACAUUUCUUUCAUAUCUUG